AUUAAAUAUAUAAAUAUGUGAAUAUAUGAAAUAGUCUAAAAAUUUCUUUAAUUAAAAAAUUAAAUAUUCUGUAACACCUUUAAAAUGGCUGAAAAUGUACAAACAAGCUGUGGCUCUGGAACCGAGAACAAAGAUGAGGAAGUGGAGCCAAAAUUUAAGUACCAACGCCUUGCUAACGAUUUAAAAAAUAUACUUAACACUGAUGUUGUCACUUGCGCAGCUGUGCAUUAUAAGUUUCUUAUACUUGGCACUUUUCGAGGACGCGUCCACUUGUUGGAUCAUCAAGGAAACUCUGUCAACUCGAAUCUGAGCAACACAGAACAUCACAACCAUCAAGUAGCAGUUAACCAGAUUGAUGUGGAUACCAAGGGCGAGUUUGUGGCCACAUGCUCAGACGACGGAAAAGUAAACAUAACGGGUUUGUUCAGCUGUGAGAACAAUCAGAAUCUAAGUUUCGGAAAAUUUAUAAAAGCUGUGGCCAUGGACCCCGAUUUUACAACUCACACUAGACGAUUCAUUGUAGGUGAAAAUAAACUCAUAUUGUACGAACGAAAUCUUCUAAAGAAGCUUAAACCAAUUGAGCUUAGCUCAGUCGAAGGCAAUGUUUUAACCAUUUGCUGGCAUGGAAUCUUUGUUGCCUGGGCUAGUCACCUAGGAGUCCGUGUGUAUGAUUUAAAUCAAAAAUGUUCGCUUGGAUUAAUGAAAUGGGAGGUACCUUCCCAAGAGCGGCUAGAUCACUUUCGCUGCCACAUGCGAUGGUCAAACAAGCAUACUCUGUUAAUCGGCUGGGUAGACACUAUACGAAUUUGUGUUAUUCGGAAAAGAAAUUUAGCUGAAGCUUCUUGUAGCAAUCUUCCGGGUUACAUUGUUGAUCCAGUCUCGACAUUUCAAACUACUUUUUACAUCUGUGGACUUGCCCCUCUGACCGCCAGCCAAUUAGUAGUGCUUGGUUAUCGCAAAGAAAGAAGCGCAUAUUUUAAAGCUUUACGUCCCGUGCUUUGCGUUAUUGAGUACAAAAUGAACAGCAGCGAGGAGAUCUGCACAGACAGUUUGACGUUGCGUGGAUAUGAGGAGUACACCGUAAACGAUUAUAGCUUGGGUUGUAUAAUCGAGGAGAAUCGUUUUUAUAUUGUGGCCCCUAAGGACAUUGUAGUAGCUAGUCUUAUUGAAACUGACGACCGGAUAGAAUGGUUAAUUAAGCACAGAACUAAAUUCUCAGACAAAUUGGACAGACAAAAUUGGAAAUUUUACUUGAUAAGAUUCCCGCUAACUUUGAAAGUACUAGUGCUUCCAUUGUUAAAUCCUUCUGGCAAUUAUUGCUUUUUAUUGAAAGCGUUACCUUGUGCCUCAAUAUGCACUUUCCUGUGGAAGACACUCCACUGAUCUCCGAUUAAGAUCAAAUUUUCGAACUAAAUUCUCAGACAAAUUGGACAGACAAAAUUGGAAAUUUUACUUGAUAAGAUUCCCGCUAACUUUGAAAGUACUAGUGCUUCCAUUGUUAAAUCCUUCUAGCAAUUAUUGCUUUUUAUUGAAAGCGUUACCUUGUGCCUCAAUAUGCACUUUCCUGUGGAAGACACUCCACUAAUCUCCGAUUAAGAUCAAAUUUUCGGUAAUUUUAAAAUCUUUGCAAAUUUUUUCGAAAUUGUUGUGUUUUGCGAAUUGUUGUCAUGCAAGCGUUGACUUUUUCUUUUUUAUUAUUUUUUUAUAAAUCAUGUGUAGCAUGUAACGAUGGUUUUUUUGACAAGAGUGCUUUAAACAUUUAAAAAACAAUUGUGCAUGGGAAAAUGUUUUGUUCCAUGUCUUUGCUAAUAGGACAAUUGUUAGUAAAAAAUGUUCUUACAUUGCAACUAAAUAUAUUUUUUCCUAGCCUUUCAUGCUGAAUUGAUCUAAUUGUACAUAACCGCUGCUUCAAAAAUUCAAUGACGUUAGAAAACGUUUGAAUUUCUUUUGAUUCUUUAACAUGGCUUUGAUAUAGGUUCAGAGCUUCUUUGUUUAACUUUCUGAUUGUAAUGUGUAAUUUUUAAAUUCAAUUACUUUAAAAUCCGGUAAAAUAGCCUUAUUCUUUUGAAUUCGGUCGAUUAUGUCCAUAUACUCAGAACUACGAAAAGCUUCAGAAGAUAGAUCAAUGAUUGGAAGAUAGAUCAAUGAUCCACAAAUUCGUCCACUGAUGGCUCGUCCUGCCUGCAGAGGGUAUCAGGUACAACAUUCGGUGAUCCUAUGUUCAAUUUGAAUUUCUAUACGUUAAUCAUUUUCUUGUGAAAGGACACAACCAAGUCCGUACGAACUUGCGUCACACAGUCGAAAUUCGGAGUGGACAAGAUUGGAGCGGAGGUUAAUCGCUUUUUCAAUUUGUUGAAAGCAAUAAGUGCAUCCUCCGUCCGUACAAACGAGGAUUUCUGCUUUUUUAACAACUCUGUCAAGUGAAUGCUUAAUUAGGAUGAAUUUUCUACAGAACGGCGGUACCAUCCAGUUUAGCCGAGAAAAUUAUCUGAGGAGAUGUUUUGAUCUGACCGUCGCGAAUUAUAAAACCUAAAUACUUUAUUUCCCUCAUGCAAAAACUAGACUUCUUCACAUUAAUCGAUAUGUUUGCCUUUCGAAGGCAAAGAGCGAUUUCUUGUAACGAGAGCAAAUGGGAAUCGAAAUCAUCUGACAUCACGAGUAAAUCUUCUAGAUAUAUGAAAACUCGGUUACGCAAUUCUGGUGGAUUGACCUGAUCCAUAAGUCUGCACAUCGUCUGGGGCGCAUUAGUUAAACCGAAAGGCAUCACCACAUACUGGUACAAUGGCCUGUUAGGGAUAGUAAAGGCAGUAUACUGGCGUGAUUUUUCCUCUAGAGGAAUUUGCCAGCAUGUUUGUUUUAGUUCCAAUCUGCUUAUAAACCGAACCGGAGGCAACCUUCUCAAUAUACCUUCUAUAAGAGGUAAAGGUUACGCGUCCGUGCAAGUGUGUUUAUUAAGCUCUCGCCAGUCUAAACAUAAUCGAACUUUACCUUCCUAUUCUACCAAAACACAAUUGCUAUUCCAAGGACAGUUGUAAGGUUUGAUUAACCCCUAAGCUAAUAUAUUAUCUAUCUAUUUAAACAUUAAUUUCUCUCGAGCUGGUGACACUGGCCAAUUCUUCGUAAUUUUCAUCUAUUAAAUGCGAAAUAACACUAGUCCUUCCCAAACCUUCAUCUUUACAAGACGGAAAGACCGUUGCUGUUGUCCCGACGAAAGUUUGUGCAUUAUAGGCGAGUCCGAUUCAUUGUCUGAGUCCCAUACGUCUAAUUCCGAUACAUUUGAACUCAAAAUCUGAUCGCCUUGGCCAAAACUUGUCCAAAAAUCCAUUCCUAAAUAUGCAUCCUGCUUUAAUGUUGGUAUGAGAAAGAAUUUGAUGGGUUUAGUGAACUGCUCGUACGUGAUUGAUGUGUUUAUUACGCCCACUACAUGACACAGAUUUCCAUCAGCAGUUUUGAUCUUUCCGGAGCAAAAGCGCGUUCCUGGGUUUAACUGAAGGUCUCUAGCCAAGUGAUUGCCUAUUCAGCUAAUUGAUGCACCAGAGUCUAGAAGUGCUUUUAUUGUUUUACCUUCAACUUGGAUUUCGGUAGAUAUUAAACGCUUUCUAGUUUUAAUGACCUUUUCUUACGCUUAAUGUGCAACGUUUGAGCUUGUUCUUAAACUUUAAAGCUUGUAAAUUUCCAAAAUUGUUAUCUCUUAUCUUCAAAUAAUUUUCCAUUCAUAAACUAAAUGGCAAGUUUUUGUCUGAUUUAGCUAUUUUGAUUUUCUAAAAAUUCACUAUUGUCGGUUUGCGUGUAGUUAUCUAUAAAAGUUAUUUUGGACGCUCUUACUCGGUGGAAAUCUAUGCAUCCCUCAAUCGGUUUUCCUGAGGAUUACAAAUUGUACAGUGCGGCUUACGGAUAACCCUAGCUACGCAGCCAAAGCAACAAAUUCUACGAAGUGCUAGGCAGUCAUCGUGAGUGUGACCACUCUGAUUACAAUUCCAACAAACCAUUUUGUUGCGAACUAAAUUGGCUAUAGUGCCUUCCGAUUCGUACAUUUCAUCGUGGAUUACCUGACUUAUGUUUCGUCGUUGGUUAAAUGGUGAUUUUACUGGGAAACACUUAAGUUCGCCAUGAAAAUGCUCAUGCUUAUGCACUUCUUCAUUCAGCUCGUCAAGCUUACGAAUUUUUAAAUGCAUCCAUUCAUGUCUAAGCGACGUUUUAGAAUUUUCUAUUAGAAGUUGUAUUAAUUCCGAUUCUGCCAUCAUGGAAAUUGAGAUGUGUGGCUUUAUGAGGCAGACUCGUGAAGGCUUUAAGAAUUUUUUUGGAGUAUUAAAGCAACUCACUGAAGGGUUCAACGCGGUAAGAGAAUAAUUUAGUGGUAAAAAAAACUGUUAGGUGAGUCACCUAAGUGUAAAAAAAAACGAGUCCAUCAAAAUGGGUGCUUAUUUAAUUUCAGUUGUCACUAGAGAAGUUGUAGAGCAGUCCGGUGGAUCAACAGUUUUACAGCCAGCUGUUCCUAAUGGUACUGCGUGCUCUGAAGUACUCCCUUCAUCAGAAAAUCGGAGUAAAAAUGUUCAAAGUGUUCAAGGUGUUGGUGGUCGUUAAAAUAAACUUUCAGUUGUUUCCCAUAGGAAACUAUUAUUUGUUUUUCGAUUUACCCCCGAAACCAUAUCUAAUGAUGUUAUGAAAUUUAUUCAAGAAAUAUACCCAUUCCCAAACAUUAAAUUUAAAUUUCCAUACGCUCACUAGAUAUCCUCUUUCAAAAUAUCUGUUACUCCAGAAGCUUUUAAUGUUUUUAAUAGUACAAGUUUUUGGUCUGAUGAUGAACUAAUAAUAAAAGAAUUUGUUCCUAAAAGAUGAAGAAAUAAUAAUCGGCCUCCGAUUUUAGAGUCUGUUCCAAAAAACUGAACACUUCUAUAUUUAUAGCCUAUCAAAGUGUAAGGGGACUUAAUAUGAAGUUCGCUGACUCCUUUGCCUUUAAUGAACAUAUUUUAGUCUUCAUAGAAACUUGAUUGAAACCAGAGAUUUCCAACUCUAAAGUUCAUCCAAACAACUUUAACACUUAUUAAACUGAUCGCGUUUCUCGUAGAAGAGUAAGGGUGCUUAUUACUGUUGACUCCAGUCAUACAUCGGAGAUAAUUCAGACUGUUUACCCCAAUGGAACAUAAUUUGUUAGUAUUAAAGUUUCCUUUGUCGGAUCAUGACUUUGUUGAUGGAUUAGCUCUAUCCUUAACUCUUUAUAUAGGCAAUCUUUUUUGUUUUGUAUCCGUCUGAGGUCGUUGUUUCUAGAAUUGACUCUCUAGUUGUCCCAGAGGACCGAUACCAUCCCACAAUGGAAUUGACAAUUUCCCUGCCCUGCCCUGAUACUUAUUCCCAUAUAGUUUAUUAUACUAAAACGAAAUGCUUCCGUAAAUGUGACUUUAAUAAGCUAAACGAAUACAACUGUACAAACUUAUACAGUUGCAUGGAUAUGGAAAAAGCUACUGAAUUAUUCUAUAGCGCUUUAAACACUUUUUUAUUGAAUGCGUUCCUGAAAGUCUUCCUUCAAGACAUAAGACCCCCGUGGUUUACGCGAGGGCUUUAAAGACUUAAAAACCUAAAAGCAAACACAAAAAGGACAAAAGGACGGGCAAGCCAUCUGAUUGUCGAAAUAUAUAGUUGGUCGGUCGUAUUUUAAUGUUUUUAACAGUACCCGAGUUUUUGCAAAAAGUCCGUUUUUUUAAAUAAAUAAAGUUAAUAAAUAAA